CAGCGCAUGUUUGUUCCAGUUGAAAUGUAAAGUAAAUGGUAAAAAAAAACUCAAAACUAAAGAACAAUGCAAAGGAACAAAAAAUAAUAGAAUUAAAGGAAAUGAAAAGAGAGAAAGAGAAGAAAGAUUGAAGUGACACAUAGAAAGAAGGCUGGUUUCUGAGUCUCUCCUCUGAUAUGUAUCCUCCUAUUCUGUCUCCCCCACUCUGUCUUGUUCCUUUCACCUUCCUUUCCAAAUUACCACUUUACCCUUCUCUGUCUCUCUCUCUCUCUCUCACCUUAAAAUUUCUCCUUCUCACUCAUUUUUCAACCUCUGAUCCAAAAAGCUUCUUCUACUUCAUCUCUCUGUUUUGCUUCCAAAGUCUUGAAAUUUCUAUAGACCCACAUGAAGUUUCGUCCUGUAUGAUAGAUAGAUUCAUUCCUGAAUUCAAAAAUGUUUACUAUUUACAAUUCUGCCCUUCUUCUUCUCCUUCUCCUCCUCGUUUUCCUCUCUCCACAAGUCUCAUCCUUUCUCCAACCUGUCCAGCCUCCGGAUUCUCCUCAAGUGGCUUUGGUUGAAGAUAAAGCGAGAUUAGGUUCGACACCACCGAGCUGCCACAACAGAUGCAAUGGCUGCCAUCCUUGCAUGCCUACUCAAGUUCCCACUCUCCCGAGUCGCUCCCGGUUCACCCGAGUUGACCCGUUCUCCGGCGGAUUCGUCCGGCCUCCCUCCUCUCUAACCUCCGUUCUUGAUCAGUACUCUAAUUACAAACCCAUGGGAUGGAAAUGCCACUGCAAUGGCCACUUUUAUAACCCUUGAAAGCGUUAUCCUCUGGCUCCAUCUCUUCUUUUAUUACUUUAUAAAAAAUUGAUGAUUCUGGAUUUUUGAGAGUAGAGGUGUUCUUUGCAUUCUUUGUAAAUGUAUGGCUCAAUUUGUAAAUAAUCAAAAGUUCUAUGAUUAUUUUGAAAGAUCAAAGUCAGCUAGCAUCGGCAUUGGUAUGGCACCACCGAUAAUUGCAUUUGCAGAGAGAUUGCUUUAACUACUUGCGUCAUUCAUUU